UGUCACUUAUCUAUGUUGUCUAUGAAUAACCUGUAAAGUGCAAGAAUCAAUAAUCGCAAACAAAUAUAUUUUAAAUCAUAUCAUAGUUUAAAGACGAUUUCCAUAAUGAAAGACGUAAUCGAUGUGAUGGCUCUACAAAAUAACAGGCGUGAAAAACGCCUACCUGAUUAUCGUAGUGCUCCAAGUCAUAGUUUAGCAACAAACUUCAUAUUUGAAUGCGGCAUCAAGCUUGGUUUACAGCCGGCAACAAUUGCUACAGCAGCGAUAUUUUACCACAAAUUCUUUAAAGAGGCUGAUAAAAAUGAUUACGAUUGUUACGUUGUUUGCACAGCAUGUCUUUGUGUCGCCGGAAAGUCGCGCGAUGAGCCGGUGAGGCCCAGAGAUGCAGUGAAUGUAGCACACAAUUCAAUCAAUCGCGGAGCUGGACCCUUGGAAUUAGGAGAUGAAUACUGGUCGUGGAGAGGAGCUGUUGCUCAAGCAGAAUUAUUAGUAUUGCGAUUGCUCGGUUUUAAUUUAGAAACUCCAUCCCCACACAAGUAUCUGUUACAUUAUUUGCGAUCUCUACAAGAAUGGUUCCCGUCGUCCCAGUGGCGCGGGGCUCCGAUUGCCCGCACAGCAAUGGCAUUCCUACAAGACUUUCAUCAUUCCCCUCACGUAUUAGAUUACAGAGCUCCACAUACAGCAGUGGCAUGUCUGACUUUAGCCCUUCAUGCUUUGGGUGUCUCUGUGCCGUUAGCAGCGACAUUGGAUGAUGAUUCAGCAUGGUAUUCUGUCUUUACAAAGGAUUUGCCGAAGGAGAAGAAUUGGGAGAUAAUGGAGAAAAUUAUGCAAGUGUAUAGCAGGGAACCUGAACCAAUAUGAUUUAUUUAGUACAAUAAUUUUAGAAUAAAUGACUUAUUUUAUGA